AUGAAGACAUCCGCCACCCUCCUCCUCGCCGUUGCGGCGCUGGCCUCAGCCCAAGUCACAUACAACGCAACAACAGGCCAAUACAUCUGCUCCCGACCCAACUCCGCCUUCUGCGCAGGCGACUCCUUCGGCACAGACAUCAUCAUCCGCUGCGACGCAAACGGCCGCGGCCAACCGGGCCGCUGCACAAACAACCUCGCCGGCCAGUUUCCCCUCGGCGUCAACCCUUCCCUGUGCUGGAUGUCCCAGCCCUACUCGGGCGACGCCGCCUGCGAGAAGAACUGCGUCGUCUACGCCUCCCCCAGCCCCUUCCAGCUCCCGCCCAGCGUCUGCACCCCCUACGCCUCCGGAACGGGGACGGGGACCGGACCUACUGGAACCGGCGGCGGCGGUGGUACUGGCGGUGGACCUGCUCCUUCUGGGAACGGUACCGCUCCGACGAGCCGUGGUGGUGGCAACGGCGGUGGUAACGGCGGUGGCGGUGGUAGCUCCGGUCGCCCUACUACCACCGCACCCGGCAGCAGCCCAUCAGGCACCCGCACACCGAUCCCGCCCUCGGGUACAAUCACCAACCCGUCCUCCGUGCCCACCGCCGCGGCAGUCCACAACUCUGUCGGCUCUCUCGUCGUUGCUGGCAUCGUCGCUGCCUACUUCAUCUAG